GUCAAAUAUGAGUUCUCUAAGAGGGUUUGGAAAUAUCGCCAGAAGAUGGAGAGAACUCAACGGUGCGAAUUACUGGAAGGGGCUACUUGAUCCUCUUGACGUCGACCUCCGGAAGAAUAUCAUCAACUAUGGUGAGCUCUCACAGGCAGCAUACACUGGGCUCAACAGAGAGAGAAGGUCAAGGUACGCUGGGUCUUGCCUCUUCAGACGCAAGGACUUCCUCAGCAGGGUAGAUGUAUCAAACCCUAAUCUAUAUGAGAUUACGAAGUUUAUAUAUGCAAUGUGUACGGUGAGCUUGCCGGAUGAUUUCAUGAUAAAGCCGCUGUCAAAGGCCGCAUGGAGCAAGCAAUCAAAUUGGAUGGGGUUUGUUGCUGUGGCCACCGACGAGGGUAAGGAAGUGCUCGGGAGGCGGGAUGUGGUGGUGGCAUGGCGUGGGACAAUACGGGUGCUAGAGUGGAUGGAUGACCUUGAUAUUUCCUUGGUGCCUGCUUCAGAAAUAGUACGACCAGGCAGUGCCCAUGACCCCCGUGUUCAUGGAGGAUGGUUGUCCGUCUACACGAGUACUGACCCAGGGUCUCGGUACAAUAAACAGAGUGCACGAUAUCAGGUGUUGGAUGAAGUCGAAAGGCUGCAGGAUCUGUACAAGCAAGAGGAGACCAGCAUCACCAUAACAGGUCACAGCCUUGGGGCCGCUCUUGCAACCAUUAGUGCUACCGACAUUGUCUCCAACGGCUACAACAAGACCUGCCCGGUCUCGGCCUUCGUGUUUGGUAGCCCCAGAGUGGGCAACUCCGACUUCCAGAAAGCAUUUGACAGUGCAGAAGAUCUGAGGUUGCUCCGUGUCCGGAACUCCCCUGACGUGGUCCCAAACUGGCCAAAGCUGGGAUACAGCGACGCCGGCACGGAGCUCAUGAUCGACACAGGGGAAUCACCCUACAUCAAGAGCCCUGGGAACCCCUUAACAUGGCAUGAUAUGGAGUGUUACAUGCAUGGGGUUGCCGGGACGCAAGGGAGCAACGGAGGGUUUGAGUUGGAGGUUGAUCGGGACAUCGCGUUGGUGAAUAAACACGAAGAUGCACUGAAGAAGGAGUAUUCGAUCCCACCGUCUUGGUGGGUGGUUCAGAACAAAGGUAUGGUGAAAGGCAAGGAUGGUCGGUGGCAUCUGGCCGACCAUGAGGAUGAUGAUGACUGAUCCUUUUACGUGAUGCAAUUCAGUGCGACAGCUGGGCAACAAGUUGCAACCAACGAGCUUUCCUUUAGAACAUGGGAAAUAUUCUGCAUGUCUUCUUUUAACUGUUUGAGAGUAAAGAAAUGCAUCCUGUUAUGUUCCAACUCAUAUUUUUCAGUGAAGUUAUUUGCUUUCGGGACCAGUGAGUUUAAAGAACUCUGUUCGAUCUUGCUGUAAUAAAGUCUUAAAUUUGUUUA